CAAUGUAAUUUUCUCGACACACCGUCUGCAACAAGGCUGUCAGAGGGUUGGCAACCAAAAUGACGGGAUUUUAUUCCGGCUCUCGGCUUUUGAGCCCUCUUUGCCCAUAUGUAGGGCUUUCCAUAGACCAGUUGAACUUCUUGAUCUGCCAGCUGGUGGCACUGGGGUUGGGCUAUCCAUUCAGGACAGUCUUUGGUCCUCUCCAAGCCUCUCCCGCACUGAGGAAUGGAAUCGAAAUUUUUCUAGGGAUGUUUCUCACUUAUUUCUGCUUUGGACAACAAAUCAUCCACCCCAUCCUCCAGUCCACCCUCUGCCUGCUGAUUAUGAAAUACGCUGACAGAAAACAGUUCCACCUGGCCAGCCUGUUGGUCUCCAUGGGAUACCUGUCUGUGACACACAUUUACAGGAUGCUGUAUGACUAUGGAGGCUACAGUAUGGAUAUCACAGGCCCUCUCAUGAUUAUAACACAGAAAGUCAGCAGUCUGGCCUUUGCAUUGCAUGACGGAAUGGAGAAAAAGGAGGAGAAUCUCUCAGAAGACCAAAAGAAACAAGCUAUAAAGCGAAUCCCCACAGCUUUAGAGUACUACAGCUAUAUCUUCAGUUUCCAUAAUGUAAUGGUGGGACCAUUGGUUUUCUAUGUGGACUAUAAGGCAUUUAUUGAAGGAGAGGAUAUACAGGCACCCCAGGUCACAGAGAAUAACCACAAAGUGAGAAUUCCGAACCCAGUGCCCUCCAUGUUCCCAAACCUGAUCAUUACCAUCGUCAACGCUGUCCUCAUGAUGUUUGUCCUGCCGCUUGUGCCAUCAGAAAAUAUACACGAUAUAGCGUGGUUUGGCAGCUUGUCCUUCCUGCAGAAGAACCUGUAUCUCCUGGUCAGCUUGUCAGUCACAAGGAGCAAGUAUUACUUUGCCUGGAAACUGGGUGAACUGGUCAACACCUCUGCUGGCCUGGGGUUUGCUGGCUAUGACAAAGACGGGAAUGAGAAGUGGGACAGGCUUAAUAACAUGGAUAUAUGGAAGUUAGAGACAUGUACUAGUAUCAAAGUCAACAUCGAUACCUGGAACAAGACUACCUUGAUCUGGCUCAGACGCAUCGUCUACGACCGCAUACCUUUCCAGAAGACCCUGGCAACCUUUGCUGUCAGUGCUUUCUGGCAUGGUUUCUACCCUGGUUACUAUCUGGCCUUCUUCAGUGCUGCCAUCUUUUUAUUUGCAGCUAGAACGGUUCGUAAAAACAUCCGUCCAUUCUUCAAGCCUGACGGAGAUCAGAGUACAGGUGCUGUUCCAUUUUUGUAUGACUGUGUAACUUUCGUCUUCACACGCAUGGCCAAUGUGAUCAUGGUGACGCCUUUUGUAACGUAUGGAUUUUUCCCCAGUCUGUUUGCGUAUGGUUAUUAG